CGAGGGGCCAGCGAGGCAUCAACUAUAUUUACAGUUGGUAUAUAAGGAAGUACGAAGGGGGGGUUGAGGAUAGAUAUUGUAUAUCGUACAUUACUACUACUACUAUUACGACAAUGGCAUCGCGGAAAUAGAAGAUGAGAGCACUACAGACAACCCUCCCCCUCCUCCUCCCCGCCCUAAUCCUCCUCCACCUCCUCGCCGCCCCCUACACCAAAGUCGAAGAAUCCUUCAACCUCCAAGCCACGCACGACAUCCUCGUUCACCCUCCCCCCCUCUCCCCCUCAACCUUCGCCCCCCACAUCCGCACAACCUACGACCACAUCUCCUUCCCCGGCGCCGUCCCACGCACCUUCAUCGGCUCUCUGCUCCUCGCGCAGCUAACCCGGGCUUUCCUACACGCCACCUCCUUCGCAUACAUCCGCACCUUCGCCAAUGCCUUCCUAGGCACCCCGCUGCACUUCGUACACUCACAACUCCUCUUCCACUCCCUCGUCAACGGCUCCGCUCAGCAAACCGCACGGUUCAUCCUCGGUUCGCUAACUGCUGCUGCGUUGCUGCGGUACGCGCGCGCGCUUUCAAGGGCGUUUGGGAAGGGGGUGGGUGGGUGGUAUAUCUUGCUUCAGGCGACGCAGUUUCACAUCCCCUUCUACGCCUCGCGCACCCUGCCCAACACCUUCGCGCUCCUCCUCACCACCGAGGCCGCGCGCUCGUUCCUCCCGGUACCGGGGAAUAAUGCUGCGAACCAGCGGAGUCAGGUGCGGCGGGGGAUAUACCUACUGGUUGCGGCGGGUGUGGUUUUCAGGGCGGAAAUCGCACUGCUACUCGCUACGCAGGUGGGAUUCCUCCUUUGGACACGACGCACAACACUCCGCACCGUCAUCUUUGCAGGGCUCCCCGCCGCAGCCCUCUCCAUCACAGCCUCUGUUAUCGUAGACUCAGCGUUCUGGCUCCGCCCCGUCUGGCCCGAACUCGCAUCCUUCAUCUUCAACGCCUACCACGGUGCGUCGUCGGAAUGGGGUGUUUCGCCCUGGCACACCUAUUUCACCUCUUCCCUCCCGAAACUCCUGUUAAACCCCCUCGCUAUCCCAAUGCUAGCAGCAGCGCUGUACUUCCCCGCCACAUCGCGCGCGGCGAGGGGACUAGUGAUCCCGCAGUUGGCAUUCGUGGCGCUGUACAGCGCGCAGCCGCAUAAGGAGGCGCGGUUUGUUAUAUACACCAUUCCGCCGCUGACGGCGGCGGCGGCGUUGGGGGCGUCGUAUAUUUGGACGCGGCGCGCGCGCACUGUCGGUUACCGGAUCGGGGCGCUGGCGCUGGUUGGGGGUGUGGGAGUUAGUUUCGUGGCGGCGAUGGGGAUGCUUUUUGUGUCGGCGCUGAAUUAUCCGGGGGGUGAAGCGCUGUGGGAACUGCAUCAGCGGGUGGGUAUGGAUAGGCAGAUAGGGAUGGUGAGGGAGGGGGAGGUGGUGAGGGUGCAUAUGGAUGUUCUCAGUUGCAUGACUGGUAUAACGAGGUUCCAGGAAGCGGCGCCGAGUAAGCCGGUCUGGCGUGCUGAUCUACUGCCUGCCUGGGGGGAUUCUGGGGUGCACCCUGGGAAGGGGGGCAGGAGGGAUUGGGAGGUGGAGUGGGCGUAUGAUAAGACGGAGGAUAAGGCUGCGCUGCGCGAUGUGCGGUUCUGGGACCAGUUUGACUAUGCGCUUAUGGAGGACCGGCGGAAGGCGCUGGGGAAUUGGCGGUUGAUGGGGGUGGUGUGGGGGUUUGCCGGGGGGGUGGAGGUGUUGAGGCCCGGGGAGGAGAUGUGGCAUGAGUCGGAUAAGGAUGUGUGGAAUCUUGUGGUGAAGGGGCCUUGGGAGUCGUGGCGGAGUGAGGAUGUGGGAUGGGGUGUUGUGAUGGAGAUGAUGGGGAGGGGGGGUUUUAAGGAGGUGGUAAGGAGGUUUGUUACGAGGGGGUGGUGGGUUGGGCCGAGGAUGGAGCAUAAGAUCCAUAUUAUGGCACGGGUAGUACCUGUGGUCGACGAGGAGUAG